GUACAUACAAGUAUAGUAGAUCCGUGUGUUCACCACGCGGGAGAUGCACAAUUUGAAACUUACUAUCGAAUCUUCGUUUAAUCCAGUCGUUCGUUUACCCUCUUUUCGCUUCGAUUCUCACCAUGCCAUCUUCUAGGAUGGACGCGGCAUUUUCUAUGUUCAACCACGUGGCCGCGAGGGCGACGUCAAUGCCUGAGUGCGCGCAAAAGUGCCUAGUGGAAUACCUGCCACAAUCAGCAUGUCAUGUGGCCUCCAAUAUCACAUGCAUCUGCAACGACGCCCCCCUCACAGCACAGAUGUCAAAGUGCGUGCUGGCGGGUUGCUCGGUCCGGGAUGCACUGUUGACAAAGAGGUUCGACGCCGAGACGUGCGAGUGGCCCCAAUCCGACGACUCUCUAGGCCUCAAGGUGAUCACGCCACUGUUUGGUGUGCUUGCCGUGCUCUUCUUCCUGUGUCGGGUGUGGGCGCGGUCGCUCACCGGGCUGGCCGUUUCGUGGCAGACAGACGACUGGAUGUGCCUCGUCACAACAAUAUUCUCCAUCCCGCUGACGGUGGUCUCGUACGAAUUCGCUGCCCACGGCCUGGGUUACGAUCUCUGGGAAGUGGACUUUGAUGAUAUCACCUUUGUGCUGGAGAUGUACUACUACUCGGAGAUCCUCUACGUCCUCGUCGUCUUCAUGACAAAAAUCUCCAUCUGCUUCUUCUACCUGCGCAUCUUCCCCAAGAAGGCGUUCCGGAUCCGCGUCUUCACAAUAAUCGGCCUCUCUAUCGCCUGCUGCCUCGUCUUCGCCCUCGUCACCAUCUUCCAGUGCACCCCCAUACCCGGUGCAUGGCUGAAAUGGGAUGGCACCUACCAAACCGAGUGCCGCGACGUGCAGACCCAGGCACUGUGGGCCGCCAUUUUCUCCAUCGUCCUGGACGUGGCCACCAUAUUCCUGCCCAUGACCGAACUGUGGGCGCUCAACAUGUCGCUGCGCAAGAAGCUCGGCGUCAUGAUGAUGUUCGCGACGGGCGUUUUCGUGGUCGUCGUCCAGGUGCUGCGCAUCGUCUACCUGCUCAAGUUCUCGGCCACGUCAAACUUCACCCGCGACUACACUGCCACCAGCAUAUGGUCCAACGUCGAGGUCUACGUCGGGAUUAUGUGCGCCUGCUUCCCGCAGUGCCGCACCCUCCUGACCAAAUUUGGCCCGCGCAUCUUUGCCUCCACCAGAGGGGCGUCCACGAAAGAGGCGACCGGCAAGGGCAUCAAGGUCACCACCAAGAUACAGAGCCAGUUCUCACAGAGGCCCAGCCGCGGCGAUGAGACGGAGUUUGUGGAGCUGCGGGCGGCUGGGCCGGAUGGUUUCAACUCGACGACCAAUCUGCACCGUGGCUCUGAAAAAUAUGAGCUGGGGUAUAAGGAGUCAGUUUAA